GCUGAGGUGAAAGGUGUAAGCUAGGUAGGUGCAAAAUGCGAGAGGAUCAGAACCAUAUUGGUGUUGACACGAAGAAGAAGAAAAAUGGGUCUAUUGGGUCCAUUUUCAUGCAUGCUGAUGGCCUAGAUUGGUUUUUAAUGGUUUUGGGUGUCUUUGGAGCCAUGGGUGAUGGCUUCAGCUCCCCUGUCAUGAUGUACUUCAUUGGCAGAAUCGUGAACAAUAUUGGUGAUGUUUCAAAAAUCACACCAAGUACUUUCAUGCACAACGUCAAUAAGUAUUCACUGGCGUUGUCAUAUUUUGCUAGUGCGUCCUUUUUUACUUCUUUCCUCGAGGGUUAUUGUUGGACGAGAACAAGUGAAAGACAAGCUGCAAGAAUGAGAGUUAAGUAUUUAAAAGCAGUGCUUAGACAAGAUGUAUCAUAUUUUGAUUUGCAUGUCACAAGCAAGUCUGAAGUCCUCACCUGUGUCUCUAGUGAUAGUCUCGUUAUUCAAGAAGUUCUUAGUGAAAAGGUUCCAAAUUUUUUGAUGAAUUUCUUUAGGUUCGUUGGAAGCUACAUAGCAGCUUUUGUUUUGUUGUGGAAAUUGGCCAUUGUGGCGUUUCCCUUUGUGGUGCUUCUUGUGAUCCCUGGUUUAAUUUAUGGGAAGACUAUGAUGGGGUUGGCUAGAAGGAUCAGAGAAGAGAGUAAUAAGGCUGGUACAAUAGCAGAACAAGCAAUAUUUUCCAUCAGAACCGUUUAUUCCUUUGUGGGGGAAAGCAAGACCAUAAAUGCUUUCUCUGAUGCUCUACAAGGCUCUGUUAAGUUAGGGCUGAGACAAGGCUUAGCUAAAGGAUUAGCCAUUGGAAGCAAUGGUGUUGUGUUUGCUAUAUGGUCUUUCAUGGUCUAUUAUGGAAGCAGAUUGGUCAUGUACCAUGGUGCUAAAGGAGGGACUGUGUUUGCGGUUGGAUCAGUCAUAUGUAUUGGUGGAUCGGCCUUAGGUGCUAGUUUAUCUGAGUUGAAGUACAUCACAGAAGCAUGUGUUGCUGGGGAACGCAUAAUGGAAAUGAUAAAAAGAGUUCCCAAUAUUGAUUCUGAAAAUAUGGCUGGGGUGAUUCUAGAGAAAGUCUCAGGGGAAGUGGAAUUUGAUCAUGUUAAAUUUAUCUACCCAUCAAGGCCCGACAACGUUAUUUUGAAUGAUUUUUGCCUGAGGAUUCCGGCAGGGAAAACAUUGGCUUUAGUUGGAGGGAGUGGCUCAGGAAAAUCCACUGUGAUAUCACUUUUGCAAAGAUUUUAUGACCCAAUUGAGGGAGAGAUACGUCUUGAUGGUGUGGCUUAUCAUAGGUUGCAACUCAAGUGGCUAAGGUCACAGAUGGGUUUGGUUAGCCAAGAGCCUACCCUUUUUGCAACUAGCAUUAAGAAGAAUAUGCUUUUUGGAAGAGAAGAUGCUAAUGAGGAAGAGAUUGUUGAGGCUGCCAAAGCUGCCAAUGCUCAUGAUUUCAUUUCACAGUUGCCACAAGGAUACAAUACCCAGGUUGGAGAGAAAGGAGUUCAAAUAUCAGGGGGACAAAAGCAGAAAAUUGCUAUUGCACGAGCAAUAAUAAAAAAACCCCAAAUCCUUCUUCUAGAUGAGGCAACAAGUGCACUAGACUCUGAAUCUGAACGCAAAGUACAAGAAGCUCUUGAUAAAAUUGUACUGGAUCGAACUACCAUUAUCAUAGCUCAUCGCUUAUCCACAAUAAGAGAUGCACAUGUCAUUAUUGUUUUGGAGAAUGGGAAGAUCAUGGAGAUGGGUUCUCAUGAUGAGCUUAUACAAAACAACAAUGGGUAUUACACAUCUCUAGUUCAUUUCCAGCAAGUUGAGAAAUCCAAAAAUGAUGCAUUCUUUCACCCUCUUAUUUCAAAUGGAGACAUGCAAAACACAAGUAGUCAUAUGGCACGACAUUCUGUUUCUACAAACUCAAUGGCUCAAUUUUCUUUUGUUGAUGGAGAUAAUACCGAAAAAGUUAGAGAUGAUGAUCAAAAGCUCCCAUCUCCUUCAUUUUGGAGAUUGUUAUCAUCUAAUCUUCGAGAGUGGAAACAAACAUGUUUCGGGUGUUUGAGUGCAUUGUUAUUCGGUGCAAUUGAGCCCUUGUACGCAUUUGCAAUGGGUUCCAUGGUAUCAAUUUUUUUCCUCUCAAAUCAUGAUGAGAUUAAAAGGAAAAUUAUAUUAUAUUCUCUAUUUUUUGUGGGAUUGGCUGUGCUUUCAUUAGUUCUUAAUAUCAUCCAACACUAUAGUUUUGCUUACAUGGGAGAGUACUUGACCAAAAGGCUGAAAGAGAAAAUGCUUUCCAAGAUACUCAACUUUGAAAUUGCAUGGUUCGAUCGUGAUGAAAAUUCCACGGGUGUUGUUUGCUCUAGACUAAUUAAAGAAGCCAAUAUAGUUCGAUCUUUGGUCGGAGAUAAAAUGGCUCAAUUGGUACAAACUAUCUCUAGUGUGGUAAUAGCAUGUACAAUGGGACUAAUCAUUGCAUGGAGAUAUGCCAUUGUAAUAAUUGUUGUUCAGCCUAUUAUUAUUGCAUGUUUCUACACAAGAUGUGUACUGCUCAAGGGCAUGUCUGAAAAGGCCAUCAAAGCCCAAGAUAAAAGUAGCAAAAUAGCCAUUGAAGCUAUUUCCAACUUUCGAACCAUCACUUCCUUUUCCUCACAAGACCAUGUCAUAAAAAUGCUAAAAAAGGCUCAAGAAGGUCCAAGCCAUGAAAGCAUUCAACAAUCAUGGUUUGUAGGCAUUGGACUUGGGUGUGCUCGAAGCCUUAAAACUUUAACUCAAGCUUUAGAAUUUUGGUAUGGUGGAAAGCUUGUUUUCCAUGACUACAUUACUUCAAAAGCACUGUUUGAGAUUUGUUUAAUAUUUGCAAAUAUAGGAAGAGUCAUAGCAGAUGCUAGUAGCCUGGCCAACGACAUUGCAAAAGGAGUAACUGUCUCUGGCUUAGUUUUCUCAAUCUUAGAUAGAAACACAAAAAUAGAGCCUCAUGAAACGAAUGCAUACAAGCCCCAAAAGUUAACGGGAGAUAUAGAACUCCAAGAUGUCUAUUUUGCAUACCCAUCAAGACCCAAUGUAAUGAUUUUCCAAGACUUCUCAAUGAAAAUUGAAGCAGGCAAAUCCACAGCAUUGGUAGGGCAAAGUGGGUCGGGCAAAUCAACUAUAAUAGGCUUAAUAGAGAGAUUUUAUGAUCCACUUGAAGGGAUAGUAACCAUGGAUGGCAUUGACAUAAGGUCAUAUCACCUUAGGUCACUAAGGAACUACAUUGCACUUGUGAGCCAAGAGCCAACACUUUUUAAUGGGACCAUAAGGGAAAACAUUGCAUAUGGAGCAUUUGAUAAGACUAAUGAAGCUGAGAUCAUUGAAGCUGCAAGGAUAGCUAAUGCUCAUGACUUUAUUGCAAGCAUGAAGGAUGGUUAUGACACAUGGUGUGGAGAUAGAGGAUUGCAAUUAUCUGGGGGCCAAAAGCAGAGGAUUGCAAUAGCUAGGGCUGUGUUGAAGAACCCAAAUGUGUUACUUUUGGAUGAGGCCACCAGUGCAAUUGAUAGUCAAGCAGAGAAUGUGGUUCAAAAUGCUUUGGAGAGAGUGAUGGUAGGAAGGACGAGUGUAGUGGUGGCUCACAGGUUGAACACUAUAAAGAAUUGUAAUCAAAUUGUUGUUUUAGAUAAAGGAAGGGUUGUAGAAGAAGGAAACCAUACCUCUUUGUUGGCUAAGGGACCAAAUGGAGUUUACUACUCUUUGGCGAGUCUUCAAAGAAGUUUAGUAACCACCAGUGUUAUUAAUACCGAAUAAUAUAUUAAUUAACUACACCAAAUCAAGCUAGGUGGUUAGAUUUGUCAA